UCCGGUCUCGGAUAGGAUUGUUUCUGGUGUCUAACGUCAUAUGUUAGCUAACAGCUAAAACAGACUGAGGAAUAUAGCCGUUGGGAAUCCGAGUAGGUACAGAAGUAUAGUUUAAAGUAGAAAGUAUACAUUGGGAAUUCAUUGCUUUGUAUUAAAAUGCUAGUCUGAUAGCCACAUAGCAGCUACUAUCUCUUGGCUAGCCAUGCUAAUGCUAUGUUAUAGCCAUACCUUGACAGCACUCUUUCCAUUGAAUCUUAUCAGGACCAGGAUGCCCGCUGAUGUUUUGCAAGCUAAGCUAGCGUGCUAACGUAAGCUGCCUUAUCUGUUGCUGCAGCGUUGUAGUAUGUGUUAGUGUGAACAUCUGUCAUAAAGAGUCAUAGUUCCCAUCAACUGGCCGCAGAGUCUGCACUCAUGUCGGGCAGGGGCACCAGUGUGGAGUGGGUCGAGACCACGGAGGAGGUUGUUUUAACAGAGUGUCUGACCCAUGAACACAACACCCCUGCAGUGUUACCGGUUUUGGAGCAUGCAGAAACGCCAAUCCAGAAGUUACUGGACACUGUGGGACGUGGAGAUAACCCAGAGGCUGGUGAUGGCUUUUACUGUGAGGAGUGUCUGACUCUCUUCCAGGACCAGAGCGAUCCCGCUAACAUCACCGGCCCAUCUUUCAUUCUCGACUUUCCGACGAGCACGGGUCUCCCCCAGAGGGCCCUCCUCACCCUCCCCUACGGCCUGAUGAUAGGCAGAUCUAGUAUUCCCAAUGCGGGCGUUGGGGUCAUAAAUCACGGGCCGACGGUGUCGCCGGGAAUGCAUUUUGGACCGUACGAGGGGGAAGUGACCACGAGAGAAAACGCCAUGGCAAGCGACUUCUCCUGGGAGAUUUACAAAGAAAAAGACGAAUAUGAGUACAUUGAUGCAGCCAGAGAAUCUCACUCAAACUGGAUGAGGUACGUCAACUGUGCUCGUAACAAAGACGAGACCAACUUGCUGGUGGUCCAGUACAAAGGCAGCAUCCUCUUUCAUUGCUGCCGCUCCAUUCACCCUGGAGACGAGCUCGCGGUGUGGCCCAGCGCCAAGUUUCUGGCCCAGUUUAGUGAAGCUUGGGGCCAGGUGUGGGUGAUGAAGUUGAAUGCAACAGAGAGUAACACAGCUGCGACGUCUCAGAUCUUCCUGUGCUCCCACUGCCAGCUGUCCUUCACCACGGAGUCCUUCCUCCAGCGGCAUACGGAGUGCUUCCACAUGCAGCCUGAAGGGGGCGGCACAACUGACGCCGACUCCGCUCUCGCUACAGCCUCCCUGGUGGUGUUUUCCGUGGACACCGUCAGGCCCAAGACGUGCGGCGAUUGCGGAAAGACUUUCAAGCAAAUCCCUCACCUCAGGAGGCACAAGCUUUGCGUCCACUCAAACAAUCGUCCCUACUGCUGCUCGCAGUGCAGGCGGAGCUUUACCCAGGCGUCCGGCUUAAUCAGACACCAGCUGAUUCACAGGAAGCGCGCUUUGAUAGAAGACGCAAACAUUGUUCCUGAUCCGGGCAAAAUCCUUAGUGAGACGAACGAGAACUUGACGCUGAGAUCAGAACUUUUUACUUCUGCAGAUCCAGAUGUAGCGGAGGAAACAAAGGGUGUGAGUGAAAGCGAGAAUGUACAAGAAGCAAUGGAUGUAACUGAAACUGAGAACACUCCUGCUGGAGAGGCAGAAACAUCCCAAUGCAGUUGUUCGGACUGCGGCAAGAGCUUCACAAAUGAGGCGACCCUGAGAAAGCACAAGGCGACUGUCCACGAGAGGCUCCGUCCUUACGUCUGCACCGUGUGCCAGAAGUGCUUCGGCCAGUACAACGACCUGACACGGCAUCUGAGGCGGCACCAGAAGCAAAGCAAGAGGGGCAAGAAGGUAAACGAGGCCCCGGAGGAAUCUACCACCAUGCCCUUCAGCUGUGCCGAGUGUGCACUGACGUUUUCCUCAGUGGACGCUCUUCAGCAGCACAUACCGGAGCAUCACUCAGAGGACAACCCGGUGGAACAUCAAGAGGAUGAUCAGAGCCACGAUCCAGACUUCAGCCCACAGACGUCACUGCCUGAAACUGUUAGAGGCCUUCAGAGGCCUCAGCGACGUGGAGCUGGGUCUAAAAUGUCUGCCAUAACUAAGCUCAUAGCCCCGAAACGAAGGGCAGCCGUCUGCAAGAAGCCGUCGACCGGCCUCGAGAGGAGCUCCGCCGAAACAGAAGCGCCUGCUGUGACAAACAGAAAGUUGACUAAAUACAAAUGGUUCAGCUGUAAUCGCUGUAAACAAACGUACGGAAACCCGGAUGAUCUCGAGGCGCACAAGUGCGCUUUGAAACCGCUCAAGUGUGGUCAGUGCGGGGCGACCUUCAGCAAGUCCGGCUUCCUGAAACGACACGAGCAGACUGUGCACGAGGACGCAAAUUCUUACAGCUGUGACCGCUGCGGUAAGGUCUUCUCCACAUCUGGCAACCUCAAACAGCAUCGGACGAGCAACACCUGCAUGAAGUAUCACUGCACGUCAGAGCUGUUCCGGUGCUCCUUUUGUCAGUUCUCCUUCACCAUGAAGAGCUACCUCAUCAAACACGUCAAGAGGCACCACCCGGUAGAGUACCUGUCGCACUGCGACUCCGACAUCCUCGUGGAUCACCUGGAGGAGGAGGAAGAGGAGGAAGAGGGAGGGGAGAAAACCUACGUAUGCCCCCACUGCGGGAAGAGCUGUGCGAGCAGCAAAGCGUUUAAAUCCCACGCGUGCUUCCAGCAGGUGAAGAUGCUGUACUUGUGCACCGACUGUGGGAAGGGCUUCACCAACCACUACGGCCUCAAGCAGCACCAGCGCAUUCACACGGGCGAGAAGCCGUACGUGUGCCCGCACUGCAGCAAGAGCUUCUCCUACACCGGCCAGCUCAACGUGCACCUCAGGACUCACACCGGGGAGAAGCCGUACCUGUGCACGCACUGCGGGGAGAGUUUCCGGCAGUCGGGCGACCUGAAGCGGCACGAGAGGAAGCACACGGGCGUGAGGCCCUACAGCUGCCAAGAGUGCUGCAAGAGCUUCAGCCGCCCGCAGAGCCUCAAGGCCCACCAGAUGCUCCACCUGGGACAGAGGAUGUUCAAAUGCAGCCAGUGCGGCAAGAGCUUCUCCCGAAACUAUCACCUCAGGAGGCACCAUCAGAAGAUGCACUUGUAGUCGCUUAUUCAGGACUUUGGGAAAUGAUGCAGAGGAGCUGCAGUUGCACUAGAAGGUCGAGUAGAGUUGCACAGAAUUUUUUUCCAAUGCUCGUUAUUUUAACUUAAGUUUGAGUUUCAUAACCAAAAGUUUGGAUUUUUAUGUUAAGAAUUAUACAUUUUUGUUAUUUAAAAGCGCAAUACUUAAUUCACUUCCAUUAACAAAAGACAGCUUGCCACUUAAACAAAUGAUUAUUGUCUCGAUGUUAACUUUGAAAUAAAAACACAAACUUCACCUU